AUGGCCACAACAGCUACACCCACUUUAUUCCCGGCUCAUAAUAUAGGCAAUGAAUCUUUUUUAGACGGGGGAAUUUAUCUAAACAACCCGACAUUGACAGCCUAUAAUGAAGCUAUUCGAUAUAAUGUAUCGGAUAAAAAAUUUUCUAUACUUUCCUUGGGUACAGGAAAUUGUAGGCCGGAUCCUUUAAGACCAAAUCUAUAUUGGGAUAAACUUUUCUGGUCACAAAAUUUCUAUAAUGAUGAUAUCUUCACAUUAUCUACACAAGAAGACAAUAUUGAUUGCGAAAUGCACGAAAAACUGGGAAAUCGUUAUCAAAGAUGGCAAGUCUGGUUAGAAGAACCGAUAAGAAUUGAUGACUUCGAGAGCGUUCCAUAUCUCCUUGAGAUAGGUCACCAAUUUAUGGAAGAACUUGACUGUUCGGAUGAAAAUCCCCUCAAUAAAUUGGUCGA